CGUACUCAUUGAUUCACACAAUCCCGUCCCCAACCCCCAGGCAGCCAGGGAAGGACAUCAGGGGCCCACAGGACUGUGGGUGGGGGCAGCCCCAAGGUUUUGAGGCGGAAGUGGGAGCUUCCACUUAACUGAACCAACCUGAAGCCUCCCCACAGAGGCCCUAGGGGGUCCCUCCCCCAAGGGGCCACUGACUGCCAUCGCUGCCUCCAUCUCUUCCCCCCAAAUGGGUCAGUAUCCCACAGGACCUUGGGAGGGUGCUGGCUGAUGCAGGCAAACCCCAAAAUAUGUGCUCAUUACUGAGGCUGGGUACACUGAGCACCAACUGUGCUGGGGCCCUCAGGGACAGGAAUGCCAAGUGGGUCCCUGUGGUCCCUCUGGCAGUUUUCUUUGGCUUGGUUUGGGUGCUUCCCAGCUUUUACUGUUCUCUGGACAUUUGGGCAUUCCUGAUCAGGCCUGGCUCAAAGUGUCCCCAGGGGUGGCGGUGGGGGGGGAAUGCCUGCAUUUUGCUCUCAUUUCAUCGUUUUUUGGUUUCCUUCUAUUUAUGGCAAGAGAAACUGGGUUUCCAUUCUUGGUGGUGACACCAAGAUUCCCUUUUGAAAUAUAUUUAUUGAAGUAAAAACAGAAAGGGGUUGAAGUAAAGGAAAAAUAGUGACAGUGCUUCUUUAUGAUGGUGGUUGUUUCCUGUCUCCCAUGAGAAUAAUCAGCUCAGGAGGUCAUGGGGAGCUGAAAACCCUCAACCGGCACACAGCCAGGCACACAGUAGGUACUCAACAGAGGGCGGUGGAAUGGAUAAAUGAUGGUGCUUGAGGUUGGCCCAAAGAAAAAAACAAAUCAACUUCUGAAGCUGGUCUAGUGAAGUCUAAUUCACCACCACCCUCUGACCCCCUAAACCCUCUGGUUCAACAUCCACCUGUGAAAGGGCCUCAUCUGGGCAGGGGUAUACAGCAAGUACACAUUAAAUGUACACUGGGGAAAAAAAAUAAAUAAAUAAAUAAAUAAAUAAAUGUAUACUGGGUGAGUAAACCCCUGCCUGUCCUGGGGAGUGAGGGAGGCUGGCAUGAGAAGGUGUUUUAUCCUUGUUGGAGCCCUUCAAGCUCACUCCACAUGGUUGAUCAUUCAAUCAACAAACUGAGCUGCGAAAGGCUGGGGACACACCACAGCCUUAGGGAGCAGUCAGCAGGGACACUGGUCAUAAAGCUGGCUCCAUCUGGUUCCAUCAGUGCUGAAGGGGGCUGAUGGCAGUGCAGGAAUUGCAAAAUGGUCUGGUGAGACUGGAAAGAACCGGUGCCAGCCCAGAGGGCAGGGCCUUGGUCUCCUCCCUGCGCCUGGAGAAACACCUGCAGUGAAGAGGGAGUUGACUGCCCAUCCUGCUCCAGGCGAGGGCGGAAGCUGGGCAGGAGGGGAGGGAGGGGCAGCCGUCUUCUCCGGUAAUCGGAUCCCCAGGAAUGCGCCAGGGCCAGACGCGCCCCCUGCCCGAGGCUGGCGCCCCUUCCCCGGCUGCCCCAGGUCCUGCCACCUGGGUCCCCACCAGCCCAGCCCUUGGAGCCUAAGCUCCGGAGGAUUGUCCCUACAAGUAGCACCCAGCCCUGCAGGGUCCUGAUCACUGGGGACCAUCCCUGGCAAGCCUCACUCUUGGGAGGCCCCUCGGCUUCACCCGUUUCCUGCUUAACUCUUUUUUUCUCUUUCUUUGGGGCUUUCCGUUUUAUCCAGUAGAUUUUUAAGUCUCUGAUUCUUCAAAUAAAGACUAAACAUUACACCGAAUUGCACGUCGCUUUAAACAAGAAAGCAGAUCUUGUGCUGGCGAGAGGUGACAGCAGUGGGGAUUGGAACCCUGGCAGGAGAUGGGGGUCGGGUGGGUGUCAAGUUAAGCAUCUGCUGGGAAGGCAGGGUUCAGGACGGGGCCAAGUUCUGAUCAGGCCUGGGCUGUGUGACCCCCGGCAGGUUAGGUCGCGUGCCCCCUCUGGACUCUGCUUUGAGAAGUGGAAUGUUGUCGCGAUACUCGAGGAGGGGCUGGGAGAAUAAAGGUGAAAAGGCAGUCCUGGGCAAGCCUGAUCACUGACUCCUCCCUCAAUCCCACUGCCCUUGGAACAAAUACCACCCACUCUAGUUUGGGUGGAGGCCCCCCUGCCAUCCUUGCUUUCCUUCUCCUCUCCCUCGCUCCCCCAUCUAGACCCACCUGCCUCUACCCUCCAUCAAUGUGGCCAGCUCGCUUCUGCCCCAGGGCCUUUGCACUUGCUGUUCCCACUGUAUGAGACACUGCCCUCGAAUUAUUUCCUGAUUUGCCCCAGCUCCUCCUUCAUUCAGCAUCUCCUCUUGGGCUGCCCCUCCCAGAUUACCCAACUCUAAAACACCUCACUUCACCUUCCACAGAAGAGGCAUCAUUUAUUCUCCUUAAAGCUGUUUGUCAUCUUCCUCCUUCAGAUCUUGUGCUGGGAGGGUGGGGGUGUUUAUGUCAUUCAUUCGUGUGUACCCAUCACUUGGCUCACAGUAGGUGCUCAAUCAGUAUAUGUGAAAUGAAUGAAUGGUUAUCCCUAGUUCACUACAUGGGGCUAGUCGAUGGAUUUAGGGCCCCCUUUGACUUGCCUAAGAAUCUCCCAGUCUCACAGACAGAUCUGGACAUACUCCCCCCUCCCCAGCUUUGUGGGGUCAGGACUGGUAAAAUGGAGGGGCAGGACUAGGGUGUGCCAGAGGGGGCUCCCUAGCUGGGAGGAAGGAGGGAGUAGGGAAGGUUCAGAGGGAAUAGUAAGUGCAAGCAGAAGAGCCUGACGGGGUCAGGCCUUAGAAAAUGGAGCUGGCAGAGUCUACCAAAGGCAGGGUCCCACACUUAAAGGCCAAGACAGGUGCUCUCCGCCCAGCCCCAAGGACCUUUCCCUUCCCUGACUGGGGCAGAUAGAGCCAGACACAAAUGAUGAACAGGGCUCAACCAGAUGAAGGGUGUCUAGGGGAAUCCCCAGGGACAUGGUUAAGGAAGGCUUCUUGGAGGAGGAAACAUUGGAAGUGGGUUUUGAAGGAUAAGUAGGAGUUUGCCCGGAGGCUAAGAAAAGGCACUCCAGACUGAGGGAACUCCAGACCAAAGAACUGCAGUUAAGUUUGGCUGAAUAACAAUAAAAUAAAACUAUGAUACAGAACACUUAUUGAGCCCAUACUAUUUCUGCAAAUCUAGUAAAAAUUACAAUACUCCAUGAAGAUAAGAUUAUUUGCUCUAUUUUCAUGAUGAGGAAACUGAGACUCAGAGAGGUAACCUGCCUUGGCCUCCCUGUGCCUCCAUUUCCCAAGGCCUGUCUGCUGGUCAGUCAGCUCAGGCUGGCUCUGCCCACAGUUCACCGGACAUUCACCCCCCUAUCAAGGCCUUAGCCCAAGGUCAAGGUGGAGCCUCCCUAGGCCACCACUCACCCUCCUCCUGCCUUGGGAAGAAGAAUGGCCCCCUCCUCUCCAAUCUCACUCCAGAGAGGGAUCCCAGGGCAGAGCCGGCUAAGGGCUGUGGCUGUACUCCCUUCCACAGGGGUCCCUUUGCCCAGGCUGGGACUUAAAGGGUACACGUCUGGAGGGUACAGAGACCCACGUGCCUGGAAACACACAGACACAUACUUAUACACAUGGGUGGGUACCACAUAUGAACACAUAAGCACAUAUAGAGAAUUGUGUGUACACAGACACACACCCAUACACCCGGCCCUCUGCCUGUCCAGCCAGUCCAGGCCUCUUGCUCAUGGUCACAGCUUCCCUCAUGGCUUACUUGCUCCAGAGCCCACUUAGGGGCAGGGCCAGGUGAGGAAGGGAGCUGAGAGGGGGUGGUGGUGCUCCUGCCCACAGGCCAGUCACACAACUCUAGGCCAGAGACUGCCACAGGAAACCCCGCCAGGCAGUGUUGUUCUUUAACAUUCCACGUCCACUGUGUGCUAGGCUCUGUGCAGGGUGCUGAGGCCCCACCAGGCCCACAAUAGACAAGGUCCCUGCCUUCUGGGGUCUUACGAUCCACCCCAUCAUUCUGAAUAGUUCCAUGAAUACAAAUUCAAUGGGUUCAAUGGGAACAAAAUGAGUGGGAGGGGGCCUCUAUGAGGACAUACAUUUGUACUGGGUCAAGGGAUCACCAGGCAGAGGGCAUAGCACAUGCAAAGGCCCUGGGGCAGCAAGGAGCUGGGAAGCCAAGGCUCAGAGAGGGUGAGGGUGAAAGGUCAGAGAGCGUCAGGGGAGGGAGGGUGUGGAACCUCCACUACCUUCAUGAGGAGCGGGCUCCAUCCUGAGUGCAGUGGGAGCCAUGUGUGCCGGGGCUGUUGGUCAAACUCAGAUGUCCCAAGGAUCCCUUGGGAGUAUUGGAGAGAUUGGCCCCUCCCUCCUCUCACAUCCCAUCUCUAGCCAGCCUUUAUGGCAGCCUAUUAAGCCCUGACAAUCACGAUAAUAGUAAUAAGCCCGUAAUAAUUACUAGCUGGGAUUCCUGACAACAGCCCAGCCAGGGGCUAAGGAAGAAACUGUGAGGGGUCCUAGAGUUGAGCAGAGCAUCCUCACCCGGGGACCCACAGCAGGCUCUGGCAGAGAGAAAGUAGGCGGCUGCCCAGAGGCAUGGUCAUCAGGUUCUACUGGGUGGAUAAGAGCUCAGGCCCGGCACAGCCCUGGCCACGCGGAAAGGUCACUCGCCCAGCCUCAGUUUCGCGUCGGUAAAGUCAGGAAUUCGGACCCCGCGCUUUAGACCGCACCCAGUGAAAAGUAUCAGGAUCAAAGAGCUCCCAGAAACUUCAGGCAGCGCUCUUCUCCCCUCCCCCGUCUUUCUGGGGCAAACGCACCACCGGACAUUGGGGUGGGGUGGAUGAAGGUAGACAUGGUCCACACCCCCAGGAACCACAAGGACCGCUCCCCCAGGCCUUCAGCUCCUAGUGCGCUCAAAGCCUGGCCUAGGCGCGCUAAGGGAAGCACCGUCGGCGCAGUGGAGCGGUAGGCGCCAAGGAGUUAUUUAUCCAUCCGGGCCCCAUCCACCCGCCCCAGUCCCGGGGGGGCCGGUCCACCCGCCGGGCCCCACGCGCGGACGGAGGGCGGAGCCUCGGGGCGGGCGCCUGGUGGCUGGGCCCAUCACGCCACCCGGGACGUGCCUUGGCGGGAGGCGGCGCUGGGGGCCUGAGUCGUACACAGCUCUCGGGAGGCUGGGUGACCCGGCCCCGUCGCGCGGUCCGCCCCCAUGACGUCAACCCACAAGGCUGCGCGCUGUUGUGCCGUUUACCGCGUGUCACCGAGGUAACAGCAGCUGGGGGGGCGUCGGUGGCUUGGCCCCGCCCCGGCAUGUAAAUGAGCGACGUCACCCGCACCCAAUGGCGAGCGGGGGCAGUGAGCUCAUCGCGUCGGGCCGAGGCUAUAAGAGGGCGCGCGAGCUACGCGGCGCAGGAGCCGCCGCCAGCGGAGGGCCGGGCGCAGCGGCCGCGGCCGGGGCGGGCAUAGGGCCGAGUGUACGGGGGGGGGCGCGGGCCCUUCGGGAGGCCGCGGCCACUCCCCUCCCCCCCGGGCCGGCGCGGCGGGGGAGGCGGAGGAUGGAAACACCCUUCUACGGCGAUGAGGCGCUAAGCGGCCUGGGCGGCGGCGUCAGUAGCAGUGGCAGUGGCGGCAGCUUCGCGUCCCCGGGUCGCCUGUUUCCCGGGGCGCCCCCGACGGCAGCGGCCGGCAGCAUGAUGAAGAAGGACGCGCUGACGCUGAGCCUGAGCGAGCAGGUGGCGGCGGCGCUCAAGCCCGCAGCCGCACCGCCCCCGGCCCCCCUGCGCACGGACGGUGCCCCGGGGGCGGCGCCCCCCGACGGCCUGCUCGCCUCGCCGGACCUGGGGCUGCUCAAGCUCGCCUCGCCCGAACUCGAGCGCCUCAUCAUCCAGUCCAACGGGCUGGUCACCACUACGCCGACGAGCACGCAGUUCCUCUACCCCAAGGUGGCGGCCAGCGAAGAGCAGGAGUUCGCCGAAGGCUUUGUCAAGGCCCUGGAGGAUUUGCACAAGCAGAACCAGCUGGGUGCGGGCGCGGCCUCCGCUGCUGCCUCGGCGGGGGGACCCUCGGGCACGGCUGCAGGCGCCGCGCCUCCCGGCGAGCUGGCCCCGGCGGCGGCCACGCCCGAGGCGCCGGUCUACGCGAACCUGAGCAGCUAUGCGGGAGGCACCGGGAGCGCAGGGGGCGCUGCGACGGUAGCCUUCGCCGCCGAGCCCGUGCCCUUCCCGCCGCCGCCCCCGGGCGUGCUGGGGCCGCCGCGCCUGGCUGCGCUCAAGGAUGAGCCGCAGACGGUGCCCGACGUGCCGAGCUUCGGUGAGAGCCCGCCGCUGUCGCCCAUAGACAUGGACACGCAAGAGCGCAUCAAGGCGGAGCGCAAGCGGCUGCGAAACCGCAUAGCUGCUUCCAAGUGCCGCAAGCGCAAGCUGGAGCGCAUCUCACGCCUCGAGGAGAAAGUGAAGACGCUCAAGAGCCAGAACUCGGAGUUGGCGUCCACGGCGAGCCUGCUGCGCGAGCAGGUGGCGCAGCUCAAGCAGAAGGUCCUCAGCCACGUCAACAGCGGCUGCCAGCUGCUGCCCCAGCACCAGGUGCCCGCGUACUGAGCCUGCGCGCCGGGCGCAUGCGCGGCCCCCCCUCCCCGAGAGGCGGGCUUGCGUGGGGGGGGGCGUGGGUGCCCCGGACUCGGAGAGGGCGCGGCGCCGGGGACCCCCCCCCGAUGGUGCCAGGACUCGGAGAGGGCGCCUCAGACUCGACAAGCUGGACCCCCUGCUCCCGGGGGGCAAGCGCAUGACCCCCCUGCCCUUGCGCUGCCUCUGUUCGCGCGCGGCCACCCUGUGUUGCACAAAUCUAUGCGCCCGGCCGCUCCUUUGUAAGCACCGCCACCGAAGGGGGCUCCGAGGGGGCUCAGCCUCAAGCCCUGCGUUGCCUUUUCUUUUCUUCUUUUUUUUUUUUUUUGCAUUUGGAAGAGAGAACAGUGUUCGAUUCUGCCCUAUUUAUGUUUCUACUCGGGAACAAACGUUGGUUGUGUGCGUGUGUGUUUUCCUGUUGGUUUUUUAAAGAAAUGGGAAGAAAAAAAAUCCCCCCUUUUCCUCGCUCUUUCCCUCCCCUUCCGUCUUUCCGACACCUCCUGCCGCCCUUCUUUCUGUUUUUUGUUUUCGUUUUUUUUUCUCCUGUUUUGUUUUGCUACGAGUCCACAUUCCUGUUUGUAAUCCUUGGUUCGCCCCGUUUUCUGUUUUCAGUAAAGUCUCCUUAUGCCA